AUGAUAGAACAAUUAUUUGUUCUAUUAUUAGUAGGAUUUACUUAUCCAAUUCGUGCUAUUAGUAAAGAUGAUCUACUUGUUGUCUCGGUUGCUACAAAUGAAACAGAUGGUUAUCAUCGUUUUAUUCGUUCAUUAAAUGUUUAUGGAUAUAAAUAUGAGAUCUAUGGCCUUGGUCAAUCAUGGAAAGGUGGUAAUAUAAAAUAUACAUCUGGUGGUGGACAAAAAAUAAAUAUACUUCGAGAAAAUUUAGUUCGUUAUAAAGAUGAUAAAACAAAAUUAAUACUUUUUUCUGAUGCAUACGAUGUUAUAUUUACUCAAUCACCUGAAGUUUUACUUAAGAAAUUUGAAACAUUACAACCAGCACGAGUUGUUUUUGGUGCAGAAGAUUUUUGUUGGCCAGAUCAAAAUUUACAAUAUGAUUAUCCAUUGGUUGAAAGUAAUGAAAAACGUUUUUUAAAUUCAGGUGGUUUUAUUGGUUAUGCAUCGGAUAUUUAUGAAAUAAUAUCAAGUAAAGAAAAAAUUGAUGAUGAUGAUGAUGAUCAAUUAUUUUAUACAAAAAUUUUUCUUGAUGAAACUACACGAACAAAAUGGUCGAUUGUACUUGAUAAACGAGCAGAUAUUUUUAUGAAUUUAAAUGGUGCUGCUGAUGAAAUUGAAAUACCAGUUCGUGAUGAUGAAGUUUAUGUACAUAAUUCAUGGACAGAUUCAAAUCCAAUUGUUAUACAUGGCAAUGGGCCAGCUAAAAAAGCUUUGAAUUAUUUAAGUAAUUAUAUCGCUCGUGUAUGGUUACCAACUUCUGGAUGUUUACAAUGUAAAGAAAAUGUUAUAAAUUUAACUAAAAUUGAAGAUCAACAACAAUGGCCAUUAGUUUAUAUUGCGGUAUUUAUUGAAUAUCCAACACCAUUUCUUCGAGAAUAUUUUGAAAAAAUUUUGAAUUUGACUUAUCCAAAAAACCGUUUGGCUAUUUUUAUUCACAAUCAAGUAAGAAAAUCAGAAGUAGAAGAUGAUUUUUUUAUAUGA